AUGAUCGUCCUCCUGGGUCUGGCUGCCAUCACUGCCGCCCGACCUGAUUUCAGUCUAGACUUCUCCAGGGAGGACAGUCACCAGGUGCAGGAAAUCAGCAGGGACAACGUCAUCACUGGCUCCUACAGCUGGACUUCUCCUGAAGGAGUGAAGUUUUUCGUGAAGUACAUUGCUGAUAAGGACGGCUACCGUAUUUUGGAGUCGAACGCUGUCCCCGCUACCGUCGGAGGCGUCAGGGCCGACGGUACACAGGGAUCCUUCGUGUCCUCUGAGGAAGACAGAAAGUAAACAAUAAAUCUUACAGACGUACCAGAGGAUCAUUCUUACCAAGGAUCUGAGAUGUUGUUGAAGUGAUCAGAGACUAACAUGACUUGUGGGACUUGUGUGUGAGUGUUGGUGAGACAGUCACUCUCAGACUGUCAAGGAACCUGCCCAUCUCAAACACCAGGAUGUGCGUACCUCAUACCCCUUACCCUUAUGCAAGU